CUUUUAAGCGAUGACAAGACGGCAAAGAAUUAUUACACUUCAGAACAAAUAAAAUCCACUCCUAAUCCGAGGACUGGUAUUGGAAUGGAUUCUAACGGAAGUAUUAUUUGGAAACCAGAGCCAGAAGUGAGCAAUUAUUCCAGUAUUUCCGGAGCCGUUGGCCUGAGUGCGAGUCGAGCCGACUCUCCGACCACACCAUUUGGUCCAAUGGGUGCCGACAACUCCAAGCAUUACUCCUCUCCUUUCGUCAAUUUAAUCAAAUUAGUCAAGAAAGGCAGUUAUGUCUCCACUUUGAUUGUGAUGAUGACGUGGUCUAUAACUUAUCACUCGUGGUUGUCAUUCAUACUACUGUUGUGGUCGUGCACUGUAUGGAUGAUUCCCAACUCACGACAAGCCUGUCUUAAAUCCUCGCCAGCCCUCGUCCUCUUUGCACUCGGCCUUCUCAUUGGCCAAUACGUGUAUAGUCUUAAUCUAAACGACGAUGAAUUGCCCAUAACUGUGGGCACAGUCUCUAUGAGCGAAAUUGGAUUCAAAAAAUAUUUUGAUAUAUCAUAUCAGCCGCUAUUCAUUAAAAUUCUCUAUACAAUCAUGUUUUGGAUUACUUUAAAACAAUAUUUGGAAGAGAAAGAAACAGAAAAGCGGAAGCAAUUCGCUCAGGGAGUUAUGCUUCAACCCUUUAAUAUAACGUUCAGUACCGGACAACCCGGUGCACCACCGCAUGACUUACGGCGCCAAAUGAGUUUAGCCACAACUACCGGCACUAAUCAAAGUCCUAUUGUUCUAUGGCUUACAAAUCUGCUAAAAGAUCUUUUGGUCAAGUAUUGGAUAUGGAUUGUGACCUCAAUGCUGAUGGUUAUGUCCCUCAGCGGCGAUCGUGUGGUCCUCUUCCGUAUCGUAUAUAUGGCACUCUUCUUGUCGUUUGUUUUACUCUUUCAGGUUACAUCAUUUUCCACGUGGAGACGACUUAUGUAUCCGUUUUGGUUAAUCGUAAUAAUCUAUUCGAUGGUUAUAUUGACGGCUAUGUAUACCUAUCAGUUCAAUAAUUUUCCCGAUUAUUGGAGAGAUUAUCUAUUCAUCAAUAAAGAGCUUCAGGAAGAUCUGGGACUUCUGGUGUACGAUCACGACGCCUGGAUUCUCUUCAAAGAGCUCUUUACUCCCACUUUCUUUCUCAUAAUAACCAUAAUUCAGGUCCAUUUCCUUCACAAUAAAUUCUUGGAGUUUAGCGAUUACGAGAGGCAGUGUUCAAGUAGUUCGCCGACCAGUACUACCAUUCAUUCGGCUCCAGAAGAAUCGAGUCAAGCAAACAAUGCCAAGACUGCGAAUACGAAUGAUAUUAAAUUAGACAUUGAAAGUGAAAACGAGUCGUCAAACGAUACGUCGACUCCCAAUACAAUUAAGUCAUUAAAUAAGUCUUCCAGUCCUCAAAGUGUAGUCCUUAAGGGCUCUAAGGAUUCGCCGACAAAGUGUUCAUCUCUCGGACCUAAAGGUUCGAGUGUUGCCAAAGAAGAGCACUCGAGACCCGAAUCCAAAACCGAACAAAAAGAAUAUAAAUCGAGUUUAGAAGAGAUUACAGAACUGUUGGAAAUGUUUUGGCAGAAACUCCAGCCUAUAGUCGAUAUGGAAUACAUAAUUCUUAUACUGAUACUAGUCUUUCGAUCAGUUGUCAUAAUCCGGCAAAACGUGUAUCGCAUGAAACACAACGAGAGUCCGCCGCCGACUGGUGUUGUGUUUCCACGAGUGGGCCGUAAAGAUGCCGAUCGGGAUCUGAAAGGCCUGACAAUGUUUCUCAUAAACUACUGCUUUUACAAAUUUGGUGUCGAAAUAUGAUUUCUAGUCAUUGUGCUUCCCCUUCAAUACCUGCUAUGUCUGGGAAUACCGCCUGGACUUUGCCUACAAUAUCCGUGGUUCUCGUUAUUUGACGAUAAGAAAUGGAUUAGUGAUCAGCUCAGGAAAUGGCUCUUCUUAUCCGAUUUCAACGAACCACUGGAUGCGGGAAAACUUUAUUUAGAUUUCCUAAUACUAUUGCUUUCGUGUCGACAACUCAUAUGCUUUAAGCUCGAAAAGAGUGAGACAUUUAUUGGUGGCUCUAAUAUUGAGUCCCAUUUGGAGAAAAGCCCGGCGAACGCCAACUCUGUGCCCGACUUUUUCGCCUUCGGGAACACAAUUCUCGAUUCAAUCAAAUCCGCGUUUUUCUUCACUUUCUUUUGGAUAACAUUAGCGGUUGUAUUCCUCGCCGGCACUACACGUGUCAGUCUAUUUGCAUUGGGAUAUGUUUUGGGAUGUUUUCUCUUCUUAUGGAAUGGAAACGAGUUUUAUUUGAAACCAAUUGAUAUCGUCUUUCGACUCUGGAAGACAAUCAUUGCCUACACGUCGAGUGUUAUUCUUAUUAAAUCUAUACUUCAGAUCGUUGGAUGUGUUUAUAUAAGCAAUCUAUUGGAACACUUUUGUUGGGUCGUCCAACUGCUGGGAAUCGCCUGUUUGUCGCCAUCGGUUCCCAUUGGAGACACUCCUAAGCCUGUGGACGACGGGAGCGGUCAAUGCGCUCAGCCCUACGAAGACGCCGGCCUCCUCUGGGAUGGCAUUUGUUUCGCAUUCCUUAUAAUACAAAAGCGCAUAUUUUGCAGCUAUUAUUUCAGUCAUUUGAUCCGCGAAAUCAAAGCGCAACAGGUGUUGGCCUCACGCGGGGCUGAACUCAUACACGAGAUUCAGGCCAAAGAAGUGGCCGAUCAGAAGCAGGCGGAGAACGAAGUGAUGGAAAAGAUUAAACAGAAAAUGGAUCGAAUCAAAGCCGCGCAACAGAAGAUGUUCGCUGAUAAGGCAAAGAGUAUUAAAUCUCAUAAACAGGCAGAGGAUUACGACUACGACGUCUCCCCGUACUCGACGGCUGAGGGGACUCUCUCUCAUACACCCGAAACAGAGGAACCGCUCUCCCAUACCCUCCCCACUGUCUACUCUCCCACUCCCAGCCUUCCCACUAUAGUAUCGCCACAAUCGGCUACUUCUCCACAACCGGGUUAUCUAGAGGUGUAUUCUGUGGGUCCCAUUAGAGCCAUAGACGCCCGCAGUUCUACCAUUACUUUCCCUUCAAUUAGUCUAAAAUCGUCGUCAAUAGGCGACGAGUCGUUCCCAGUCUAUUCGCCGACUCCUACCUCCACUCCUUUCCCCACAAACUCUCUGAUAACUGGUCUGAGAUUCGCGGCCACAACUGAAGGCCGUUCAGACGCCUCAUCCAUAUUCCAGUCGUCGACCCGAACACAAGUCCCUCAACGGGUCGUUCGCGAGACUCUCUCACGAGUUCAUUCAUUUAAGCGAAAGGCGUCCACACGUUCUCACGGCUCAUCUGUCCGUUCGGGUGGUUAUUACAUGUUUGAGGAAACGGAGUCUGAAAUUGUCGACUUGAAUGAAAAGCCGAGAAAGUCGUUGAUUCCCGACCCGGAAGGCGACGAAAUGAGAAAUAUAGCCAAAGUUCACGGUUUCACUGCUUUUUGCGCAAAACUAAUGAAAGGAGAGGUCGACGACGACAAAGAGGCCACUAUAGUGUCGGCUGAGGCCACAGAUAUCGGCGAAUCGAGCAAAGACUCGGCUAUUGUAUCACUCGAUAGGGAGCGCACAGACCCGUCGGCAUCCAUACCUACAACUGUCACAACAAUUCCCUCCACUUCUAUGAGUUCUCGACCCUCUAGUCUUGCCAUCAAAAACCAAUCCAAACGUUCAGAAAUAGGUUCGGGAGAUAUGUCUGAAGGAGAAGAAGAAAUCGAGGAUAAAGAGGGGGAAGAAAGAGAGCCGAAGAGGAAGGAAUCGAUAUUGACUCGAAUGAAGAGUUGGGUCCGUAUCUGCAUAUUGUUC